AAUGGAGGCAGGGACAGUGGACAGUAGUAUAUUAGUGAAAUGGGACAAGCGACGAAGCCGCGAAAUAAUCUGGCGGUGGCGUAUUUUUAGAUCUUUCGAGCAUUUCCGAAGCUGAGAGAUCAGCAGUAAACGCUGAACAAACAACAUGAAUGAUGAUCAACAAAAUACCAACUAAGAGACGGGAGAUUGAGGUGUAGUACACCGCGCCUCCGCCCAAAGUUCUGAAGAUCGUAGUUUGAGGGUUCAGUGCUAUUGCAGGUUUUGGUAAACUUGCAUACAGUUCGUGUUCAGCUCCCAGAGCUCAGCAGCAUCGACCAUGCGUAACAACUGUGGGCUAUUGUUUUGUAUUUGUACGCUACGACGUCAUCAUCACUUUGGGAAGGGGCCAGCACAGAAGCAUGUGAUGCACACAUACUGUAUCGUAUACGUAGCAGUUUAGCUCCCCCCUUAGAAUGUGUCUGUGCCAUCGCUGUGCUGUUCGGUCGAUGGACGAACAAGUUCAGUAUGUUUACAUUCGUUUUGAGGAGCUGAACGAAGAGUGAAGACUGUGAAGAAUAUCUCUUGAAAAUUUUCAUUCAUUUUUUAGUAGUUUUUGUAGCAGUGCUGUUUCAAAUCUAAUCGUUUCAAAAAGUUAAACUACAAAGUGACUCAUUGUACGUCGGAGGAGUAGCCAUACAGACUGCCAGUUCUGAUUACAACAGCGUGUAGACCCACGUACACCUACAUCGGGUGUUCUGUAGCAGCAGGUCAAAGAAGAAAAAAAAAAAAACAUCUGUGCUGGUGCACCUUUAGUCGAUAGAUAGAAGAACGACUGUGAAGGUGGUGAGUCACGAUGCUGGGACGUGUUCGGCUUAAAGACAGCGGCAUUAUGGACGAGGAGUUGCCCACCCUGCUGGAGACGACGUUCCGCUAUCUGGCCAAGAACCUGCACGUUGUCUGCAACGACCCGGACCCGGUCACCCAACAGCUGGAGCUGAAGCCGGACGUCGUCAUCCCGAACGAAAUUUGUGAUAGAUUUCUACGCUACCAGCAGGACUGCGGCCAGGACAUCAAUGACCGGUUCAUCCAGAUUUUCCGGGACACGGAAAAGUCCCCGUUGCGCAACAUCCGGCUGCGCAACAGCACCAUCACGAACGAGGGCAUGCGCAUCCUGCUGCGACACAAGCUGAACUCGCUGUCGAUGUGGUACUGCAACAAAAUCACGACCGCCUCGUGGAACAUUCUGAUCGAAAACUGUCGGCAGUUGCGUUCCCUGGAGCUGGGCCGGUUCGUGGACAUGCUGAAGCACAGCGAGCCGAACGAGAAAACGCCGAUCGACUUUCAGCUGGUGCUGCCCCAGUUGCGCCAUCUGAUCCUGAACGGCGUGGUACUGCAGCCGUCGAUUCAGUUUGGUCACUUAUCGGAGCUGACGUACCUCGAUUUGACGGCGUGCAUCUUUGCAGAGUUCAGUUUGAAGGCGCUUAUCGAUUUGCCCAAUCUGAAAGCGCUGAUUUUGUUCAACGUGUGGCCACUGGAUCACGAGUUUCCUACGUUGUGCAAACUAAAGUCCUUGCAAACGUUGGAUCUUUCGGUGUCGAGAGCGAACGUCGAUGGGAAUUAUUUGACGCCCAAUAAGUUGCUGUCGAACCUGGUGGAGAGUUUACCCAACCUGCGACAUCUGGACAUUUCCGGCACCAAUUUGGCCGGCGACGGGGUGGCGAUGAAAACCAACAACACCUCCAGCAGUUCGGACAUCCCCGGGUUGGCGAGCCGCGCCGAAAAUCCGCUGGAAUUUCUGGGCCUGUACUACACCGCACAUUCUGCAUGCAAAUGGCACGACAUUCCGGCCAUAAGGAUUGCGGGCGAAGCGACGGAGGAGCAAAUCUUGGUGGCGGCCUCGGUGUACCAGGAUCGCCACGAGCUGCUGACGAAGGUUCUCAAUGAUCUCUACCACCUGCUGCGGUUCGAGACCUGCAAGCAGAUUCACAAAGCGCUGGACGUCGUACUUUCCGCCAUGGAUAAGCACAUUCGUGUCAAAAAUAUUCAGAUUAGUGGCAGUGCCACGUUGUUUUACAUUGUUAAAGGACGCAACAAGAUUCAGUUUGGAGUGCCGCUGAAGAACCAUAUCAUUCACACCCUGCUGAAUGGCAUGUCGACACACCUUACCGAUGACACAAUGAUGCGGAACGGCUGUUUGACGUUGUGUCAGUUUAACAUCCCGCAGGAUGUGCUCUUUGAGUACGAAAGAUUGGUCCGCAUUCUGCUGCACGGAGUUUCGUACCGCGAACAGGAAGGAUUCGUCCAGCGAAUAGCCAUCUACCUGCUGAACUCGCUGGCCUGCCAGGUGGACGGUAGCCAGAAGAUGUUCCUCGGGGAUUUGGGUGCUAUUUCGACCAUGCUCAACCUGAUCAGCGAUCGACUGUCGCGCAAAAUUUUCGACGAUGUGAUGGAGGUCGCCUGGUCGACCAUGUGGAACGUGACGGACGAAACGGCGAAAAAUUGCGAACGUUUUCUGGACGGUCGUGGCAUGGAGUAUUUCCUGGGAUGUUUAAAACUUUUCCCGGAUAAGGACGACCUGCUGCGCAACAUGAUGGGCUUGCUAGGAAACGUUGCAGAGGUUAAGGAACUGCGGCCGCGCCUGAUGACACCGGAGUUCAUAACAGAGUUCGCCAACUUGCUGGAUUCGUCUAGCGAUGGUAUUGAGGUGAGCUACAACGCGGCAGGUGUGCUAGCGCACAUUGCCUCGGACGGCGAAACGUCGUGGGCCAUCUCGAAGCCAACCCGAGACCGGGUGUUGAUCCGCAUGGUCGAGGCCAUCGAGCGUUGGGACCUUUCGGCCGAGCGCAACAUCAACUAUCGCAGCUUUGAACCCAUUCUUGGCUUGAUACGAUGCUACCACACGCCUGCCUGCCAGCACUGGGCCGUUUGGGCUCUGGCAAAUUUGACCAAAGUUUACCCAACCAAGUACUGCUUGUUGGUGGAAAAGGAACGUGGCAUUGAGCUGCUGCAGGAGCUGAUCGAACACCCACAGCCGUACUCCCGUUUGAAGGACCUAGCGAAUAUGGUGUUGAUGCACUGUCGCAACUUUAACGAUUCGCUAGACCAGUGUAAGAAGAUGGAGCUGGAUGGGUAAGGAUUGUUGCGUUGGCCGCAAACUGGCGGAUCGCGGACAACUUUGGGUAAGCACGCACUACACUAGAACAACAGGUGAUGCUGACAUUCAGAGUGCAAAGUACGAGAUACCAUAUUAAGUACCGUCAACUGGGGCGAAUCGGGAACAUUUGUUUCUGAAGGACUAGUUAGUUUUAGAUUUUAAAUUGACAUAACCUUAUUCAGUUCGGAAUUCGUUCUAACCGAAAUCAAUUUAUGAAAGUGAGCCUCAAAUUUCUAAAACAGCUGUCCCAACUCGUCCCAAGUUGUUUGUAUAACAUAAGGCAAACAAUAAACUAUUUAAUAAAUUAAAUUAUUCAUAAAACAUAGAGCAACGUUCUAGUGAUACCUUGCUGUCUCUGUUAAUAACAUGAAUACCACUUACUGAGCAAAUAGCUCUGUACCGUCACAUGGUAUGAAUCGGGACUACAGCAGUUUUGAAAGCACAUGUGUCCCGAUUCACCCCAGUUGACGGCAAAUGUAACUAGACUGUUCGGUACAUCAAACUCCGAACCCGAGAGGUACAUUUUGGUGGUUUAGAAAUGUAUGGUUGUUAAUCAAACAGAGAUUUUGAUGCUUACAAAAUUACGCGCCCGUUACGGUCAAACAUGUAAAUUGAAAUUGGCGGCUAUCGAGAGUAAAACGAAUGCACGAACUAUCUGUACAUUAUUUUUCGAAACCUUUUUGCUUCUUUCAUCACGUACGGAUCAUUGUUUCUCGGCGAAUAGACUUUUAUUUUCGAUUACUUGCCAAGAAAUUCAAGCUACACUACAGAACUGUUUGAUAAAAAUUUCAUUAAACAUCUGUAGUUUGAAAUUGACGAGAUCUAUAAAGAAGUAUUUUUCUAAGGUUUGCGUUUCCAUCAAUUCGUUUGCUGUCGAUAUUUAGGUAAGAAUUAAAGCUUUAUGCAUAGAGUUAUUAUUUUUCCCCAGAAAUAUGUUUAUUUAAUUGGCUAACCAUUCUUUAAGUGCAAAUAAAGAUCUGAAAAGUGAACAA